AUGGCGGCUUUCAUCAAAGAACGGUUAGACUGGGCGGUUGCAAAUAGUGGUUGGAUUAAUUUUUUCAAAAAGGUGGAAGUGAAGAUUCUGGCGGCUCGGACAUCAGACCAUAAGCCCAUUUUUCUCACUUAUUUGGAGAAGGAGGAAGAAUAUAUACAUGCUAAGAGGGGUACAAAGUUUGAAGCUAAGUGGCUCUUAGAUGAGGGAGCAAUGGAAGUGAUCAAGGCGGCGUGGUGUGAUGACACAAUUGGGGGCACUGGCAUCCAGGUGGUGCAACAAAAACUUGAGGCAUGUAAAGGUGAACUGAAACGGUGGAAUUGGAGAAAACAUGGCAAUUUUGAGAGAGCAAUAAAAGAAAAAACCAAGCAAUUAGAAAUAUUGCAGCGGAAUGAAAAUGCAAAGGAUGGCCCAUCAAUAAAACAGCUCCAAUCCGAAAUUGAUUUUCUGCUAGAGCAAGAAGAUAUGAAGUGGAAACAAUGA